UAAGGCAUAACGCAUAAGAGAAUCAGCCAAUCAGAGUCCUUCCUUUCCAUCCCCACUUCUCAUUCUGAGGAUCUUGUAUAGUGCAUAAAGCAUAAUGCAUAAGAGGUCAAAAAAUCCGUAAGAACGAAUUCUUAUGCGUUAUGUAAACGACAUGCGUCAGAAAACAGUGUCCGCCACAUAUGUUCUAUGAUUCCUAACCUAUUAUGUAUGUACAUCAAUAAAGUUGAUAUAUUAUUAGUGCUUCAUAUACCAUUCAUAUAACGUUAUUAAUUUUUCGGAUUGUGUGUCCGAAGCCAAGAACAAAAAAAGGGAAAUGGAUCAUGAUUCCUACUAUUUUGAUUCCCAAUAUCAAAAUUAUUAUGAUUCUGAAAAUGAAAAUGGAAAUUUUUGUGAAGUAGGGAGUCAAAAUGAAACAGAUGGAGAUGCUUUACUUAUUUCUUUAGUGCGUGACCACCCCUACUUAUACAAUAAAGAAUUAACUGAUUUUAAAGAUAAUUUAAAGAAACAGAAUGCCUGGACAGAAAUUGGAAGCAUUUUGAACAUGACAGUGGAUGAGUGCCAAUCUAGAUGGACGAGAUUAAGAGAGCGAUAUACAAGAGAAAAAAAACAAAGACAAGAAGAAACAAGUAGUGGAAGUGGAUUAUCAAAAAGAAAAGCUUUUGAAUUUUUCAAGAAUAUGUCAUUUUUGGAACCAUUUGUGAAGAGAAGAAGAACGGUGACCAAUGUGUUUAGUAACAGCUCAUCUUCAUUGCCAAAACAGUACACUCUUCAGAAAAACUUUAGUUCUAACAACGAAAAAGAAAAUAAUUUUUCUUUGGCAAAUGCGAUUACGUUCAUUGAACAGAAUUCUUCCAAAAAUAUAAAAUCACCAGAACAAAAUCGAUAUAAAACAAGCAGCGACAAUGAAGUCAAUGUAUCUUCUACGAAAGCAGCUACUGCGAUUGGACAAUCUUUUACAGAUGUCAAAAAUUCAGCACAUUUAAAAGACUCAUCUGCACAUUUUUAUUCCAAAGUAUCAAACGACGAUGCUUCUUCGAUGUCAGCGUUAAGUGCCUGCGAUUAUGCGCGGAAGAAAGAUUUGAAUAGUAAAUCAAAAGGAAAAUCGCAGCCAGAUGUUCUACAAAAUGCAAUUUGCAAAAUUACAUCUUUACUAGAAAAUAAAUACUCUUCAAAUGUUUCGACUGCCUCGUUAUCUCUAAAACCAGAAAUAGAGGAAGAUGUAGCUUUUUGUCAACUUAUACUUUCUUCACUUGUAAAGAUGCAGCAAUGUGAAAACGUGGAAAAAAAGAAGAAAAUAUUGCGUAUUAUAUAUGAUGUAUAGAAUAAUCAAAGUUUUUAAAAGACUGACACAACUUUGAAAAAUGCAAUUUUCUGGCAAUAUAUUUUUUUAUUUAAUUUUGUUUUGUUUAGUUUUAAUUUAAUAAUAUAAAAAUUGAAGCAGUUGAA